AUGAAACGAUGGAGAAUCCAAACUUUAUUUCGCUUGCUUCUGUGUGUCAGUAUUUUGCCAACCUGUUGGUGCGCUCAGGGGAAAUACGCACAGAAGCUCCUAAAUGAUUUAUUUACCGACUAUACUAGUGCGCUGAGGCCUGUGGAGGACACUAGCACCAUACUGAAUGUGACCCUACAGAUAACACUGUCACAAAUUAUCGACAUGGAUGAGCGAAACCAAAUUUUGACUGCAUAUUUAUGGAUACGGCAAGUGUGGGUUGAUUCUCACCUCAAAUGGAAUAAAGAUGAUUACGAUGGACUCGAUACCAUCCGCAUACCUAGUAGUUAUGUAUGGAGACCUGAUAUAGUCCUAUAUAACAAUGCUGAUGACCAUUUCACUGGCUCUAUGGACACGAAUGUAGUGAUCCGGCAUGAUGGCCAGAUAAUGUGGGAUUCCCCUGCUAUCACAAAGAGCUCCUGCAAAGUGGACGUGUCCUUCUUCCCCUUUGAUGCUCAGCAGUGCAGGUUUACAUACGGCUCCUGGACCUACAACGGUAACCAGCUGGACAUCCUGAACGCUAUGGAGAGCGCUGACCUGGCAGACCUGGUGGACAAUGUGGAGUGGGAGGUGCUGGGUAUGCCGGCCAAGAAGAACGUUAUCCAGUAUGGCUGCUGUGCUGACCCAUACCCUGAUGUGACCUACACACUGAAACUGCAGAGAAGAGCUUCCUUUUAUGUCUUCAACUUACUUAUACCAUGUGUAAUGAUCUCUUUCCUGGCUCCACUGGGCUUCUACCUGCCUGCUGACUCUGGAGAGAAGGUGUCUUUGGGUGUCACCGUGAUGCUGGCACUCACUGUCUUUCAGCUAUUGGUUGCAGAGAUCAUGCCACCCUCUGAGAAUGUACCACUUAUUGGAAAGUAUUACAUUGCAACGAUGACCAUGGUCACUGCCUCCACUGCCCUGACCAUCUUCAUCAUGAACAUACACCACUGUGGCCCUGAUGCCAAGCCUGUUCCCAAAUGGGCCAAGAAAGUAAUUCUGCAGUACAUGGCCAGAAUGUGCUUUGUUUAUGAAGUCGGGGAGAACUGCUUGUCACCACAGCCGGAGAGACAGGAGCCUCCACUUGUGAAAAACAGUAACUGCAACACGAAUGGUCAGUCAGGACCAUGCAGAGAGGACUGUGUCUUAAAAGUGGAGACAGGACAAGAGACCACAGAGGAGAGGGAAGACAUGGAUCAGAUGAUGAGCCCAGGGGGCUCAAUUGGGAAGAACCCCACCACCAACUACAGCACUUGGAAGAACGGCAUUUUCAUGAGCAUGGACUGUGGAGAUUCGAUGGGUCAGAGGAGAUGCAGGAAGGGAGGUGUGAGUGAUGGAGAGAGACAAGACAGAGAGGUUUACUGCAACAGCCAAAGCAAUGAGAGGCCUCUGCUGCGUAACAUUGAGUACAUAGCCAACUGUUACAGAGAUCAGAGGGCAACGCAGAAAAGGACUGGGGAGUGGAAGAAAGUAGCUAAAGUUUUAGACCGCUUCUUCAUGUGGAUAUUUUUCAUUAUGGUGUUUUUAAUGAGCCUUCUCAUCAUGGGCAAAGUCAUCUAA